UAGACCAAAUCCUAGCCAGACGCUCAGACAGGACCAGAAGGAUCUGUUUCCUUUUGACUGGAUUUUGACCUCAGCAUGUUGCUUUUGCUCCUGUUUAUCAGCUGUUUGGCCUCAGGAGCCACACAGACAGUGUCCUUUUCUCCGACCCUGGAUGUGACAGAUUCUCCUACUGGGUCAGCACCGGUCCUUCCUUCUGAGAAUAAAGCAGACGGCGUUUGUUUCCUGUGACCCAGCUGCCUCCAGGUCCGUCUGACCUGAGGACUCGGAGACAGAACCUCACCAUGGACUCCAGACUCUUCUUCUUCUUCACCUCGGCUCUGGUUGCGGCGGCGGCAGUGACUGCCUCUCUGUCCGGCAGCACCGCACAAUGUAAAAUCAAAUGGUUGUUUGGCAUUGACUGCGGGAACGUUAGCGGCAGGCUGGUGAACCAGAUCCAGACCUGGCAGGUGAAGGGAAGCUGUCUGGAUGAAGGGGAGAAGUGCUCCUACGAGCUUGUGUCCUCAGCUCCGUAUCUGAUCAAGGCCACACACACGUCUCCCAGAACCAAGACGCUGAACAUCCUCCAGUUUCUUCUGGAGCAGUCCACCAUCUGCAGAGUGACGGGCGAGGCGACGUCCGAAGGGUCCAAAAACUCGGCCGACAACGGCACCAACUUCUGCAGUCUGCAGAACCUCAUCAACGGAAGCAAGCUGACCGACGCCGAAGGAUACAAACAGUUCAGCAACAAGUGGAUCUGUCCGGGCUUUGAUUCAGCCGUCUGCAGCUUCUCUUAAGGAUACAAUUUUUUUGUUCCAUAGAAGUCUCCUGUGUAUUUGAAUUAAGGUCUACAUUUUUGCAGAACUUCCACUGCAGUUAUAAUCGCAACAUGUUGGGUGUAUUUCUCUUUGCACACAUCGAGACUAACACUCUGCCUCUUCUUAUUCUCACAACAGCUCAAGCAAAGUUGGGUUAGAUGGAGAGAUUUCAUGGACAGCAAUUUUGGACAUUUAAGUGGAAUUUAGAGCUGCACUUUGACUGGUCCGUUCUAACAUUGUCGCUCUGGCUGAAGGUUUAUGGUUGAAUGAAGCUGCAGGGUUUCAGCUCCAGUCUCAACUCUUUUGCACCAUAUGAGUUUUUUUCUUUCUUUCAGUAAUUAACGUCACUUACUUUACCUUCUUUCUCUCAUUAACUUCCUUACACAUAUUGAAUAACAGCAUGAUGCAGCCACCACCACGUAUCGAUCUGAUCACAACAUGUGUUUCGUUUCCAACGGCUUGCGUAAAACAUUAUGCAUUCA